AGAAAUCAUAUAGUGUCGUGCUCUCUUAUUUGUCAGUGUUUGAUUUUGCAAAGGGACACAUUUCUGUUUAGCCAAAGUGAGCAGAGAUGCCUCGUACUUGUGUGAAGAGUGCAGAUAACUUCUGCUAUGUUUGUGGUGAAGUGACUUUUGCAUCACAAAAGCGCAGUGUAACCACUAUGGUUAAGAAAGCCUAUCACCUUGAUUUUGGCUGCAAAAUUGGAGAUCAGGACAAGAGGUGGGCCCCACACAUAUGCUGCAACACUUGUGCAACAAAUCUUCGCCAGUGGUUGAAGAGGAAAAGGAAAUCUAUGCCUUUUGCAGUGCCAAUGAUUUGGAGAGAGCCAACAGAUCAUACCAGCAAUUGUUACUUCUGCAUAGUGCCUCCAGUUGGGAAAGGUGUGUCAAAGAAGAAAAAGUGGACUGUGCAUUAUCCAAACAUUCCAUCAGCUAUACACCCAGUACCCCACGGAGAAGGACUGUCGGUUCCUGAUGCACCAGAAUCAUUCUCACUGGAGUCAGACGAGGAAGAGGAAGAGGAUGAAACUUCUGGUCCUGAACCAUCAAUGUCACAGGACCCACAUUUUCUCCCAUCCUCCUCCUCUGAACCACACCUCAUAACACAAGGUGAACUGAAUGAUCUUGUCAGGGAUUUGGAACUAUCCAAGAGUAAGGCAGAGCUGUUGGGCUCCAGACUACAGCAGUGGAAUCUCCUGGCAGGCUAUCAGGGCAAAUGGAGCCCAUCAGUGCUUGCAGACUAUUGCUGGACAGUGACAAGAGAUGCUCCAUUUAAUGAAUACAAGAGACAAGCCAAGAAGCGCCGAGUAGACACUGAAUAGGACUAAACUAUGGACAUAAUAGUUUUUUGCCUUUUGUUUCAUAAUACAUUUUAUUUAUAUAACCCUUUUGCUGAUUUUU